GAUUUUAAAAUGUGAGAUUAAUAAAAAUUAAAAAACAGAACAAAAGUAUGAUACAUUGCUUACCACAUGCAUGCAACUUGCAACAGCAAGAAUAAAAACAAUAAACCGCUCCUAACUGGAUAAUCCAUCAGGAUUUCUUCAAACAUCCCUCCCUAACUAUCCUGUGAAAAAUGAACUUGUAGUUUUUUGCCAAAUUACAAUCUUUUUAGGCUUUCGGUUUGGUCAUGUUUUCUCAGCUUACCAUUUCAUCAAAUUCAUGGCAGCAUGCCUCAUCCUCACACAUAGCAAUCCCAAUUUUAUUUAAUAGCUAUAUUAUUCUGGUCAGUCUGUUAAAAAGAAAACAUUGAACACAACACAAAAAUUUAACAUUUUCAAGCAUUUUAGGAAGUGAAAGUUCGUUUUCUCAUACCUUAACACCGUUAGAUGAAGCUGAAUUCAAAGUGUCAUGCAAUCGAUGCUGCAUGGUGAAAUUUCACAGGAUGCUCAUAUGCUUCAUUAUAGUUAUCGAAUUUCAACUGGUCUUCGAUUUAGUGAAGACGUCUAGCGCAACGUCUUAUAAUGACAAUAGAUAAGACUGCGUACACAAUGGUCAAGGAUCGUCUGAAUUGCGCCGAGUUGCCACCUGCAAAUGACAAUGAAUAAAAUUAAGAACUAUUGACUUGCAGAGAGCUAUAUAUGACCAUCAUUCUCAUUGCCACCUUUGUCAAAUUAUCCACCUGAUCUUGGUUUAAUUUAAGUGCGAGAAAGUAGGGAUAGGCAAUAAAAAUUAUGCUGACAGGGCUAGGAAUUAAAGAAAAUUAAAUUUUUGUCUUGCCAGAUUUGUGGUAUUUUAAUCUUUUGUGCUUGAAACCGUCAAAUGGGCGAAAUCCCUUGCAAGUGUCAAUGUUCCGCACAAUGACGAGUAAUCGCCUAACGAUUACGGUUUCGCAUUGCAAAGUUUACUUUUACAUUUACUAUUUUAGCACGUUUACUUUUAUGCAAUUGAUUUUUUUUCAUUGAACCAUGUUUUUAAAAUUCAAAUUAAUUCAAAUUCCUCUGAUUGGCAUCAUCUUUAGUUCACAGAAAAUAAUUCAAGCGUGAAAAGUCCGAAAACGGAGAACGCCAGGCGCAUUCGUUCUGGCUGCUAGCGUAAAGCAUCAGGUUUGAUUUCACAAAAAAUUAUCCGCGUUUUAAGAAAUUCGAAGUGAUUGAAAGUGAUCCAAAGCGAUUCGAAGAGAUUUCAAGUGCCGAAAAUGUUUUCGAAUAUGCCUUUUUUCACCGUGUUACCCUGUUUUACUUACCAAUGGCAAGCUCUUUUCCCAAGAAAUCCUAAAAAUGCUGUCUCCGAAUCUGCCCCUGGUGGUUACUAGUGCAGUGUUUUGCAUGGAAGAUCAAUCUGAAGACCUGAUUUAUCUUUCUGCUGGCAACCAAGAGUUGGAAUGUGUUGUCGAACAAGUGCCGAAGCCGGAACAUGAUUGCGGAAUCCGAAAGGAGUGCAACGAAGGUGCGCUGAAGGUGGAGCUUGCUGACCUGAUGGAAGAGAAGGAGAUGGCUGUUUCGGCUAACAAACAACUGGUAGAAAUUAUCGACAGAAUAAAGUUGGAAGCCAUGGAGGCCAGCACUGCGCGUGAAGAGCUCGCCAGGCAAAACAUCGAGCUACAAAACGAGUUACUGAGGAAGGAAUGUGAUCUGCAGACGAUUGAACAAGAAAUGAAAGAAGUGAUCUUUUCUAAGCAUCACUCUUCAAACAAUGUUGGUCUGAUGCAGAAGGAAAUCCGGAACCUCAAGAUACAUCGAAAGAACUAUGAAGAACGUAACUUCUACCUGGAAAAGGAACUGGCCGACAAGGAGAAUCAACGCAAGCUUGAACAUGCCGAACAACACGGCAAGAUGGAGUAUGCAAUGGCUCAACAUGCCAAACAGCUGAAUGACAUUGAGUCUGGGAACAAGGUGUUAGUACAACGGAUGGUUAAGCAACACCAGCUCGACAUGGACGAACAACGUGUCCAGUACGAAUCCGCAACGGCAGAGUUGCGCAAACGACUUGAGAACGAACACCAAGCUCGUCUCCAUUCGGCAUUAGAGAAGGCGGGAGCCCAAUACGCGACGAACUAUUCCAAGGCCUGUCAGGAGUUUCAAAUGCAAAUGCGAAUCCAGCGUAACACUGCCAAUUCGCAUCGCAUGAAGGCUGAGAAACUAGCCACAUAUCUCAGCGAGUGUGAGGGCAAACUUUUGGAGAUGGAGACAGCAAAUCGCCGUCUGGAAGAGGCGCUGCACAAGCAGAAGGAGACAUCAAAUGCUUAUUUCGAAGAACUGAACGCUAAAAAUCAAACUAUUGGCCAAAUACGCACCUUUUACGCAAAAUUGCUCGAAAACCGUGAUACGGAUAUUGAGGAAUUGCAACAAAGAGUCAAAGAAUUGGAGGAAUGCCCUGACAAGGACGUAGAAGUAGUCAGACCUGAUUACUACAAACUCUUGGGAGUCGAGCGUAACGCUGGAACGAGUGAGAUUAAGUCGGCAUAUUAUGCCAAAUCGCGGAUGCACCAUCCCGACAAGCAUCGAGACUCGCCCGACCAGAAAAAGCACGAGGCUAUUUUUAAAACUAUUAAAUAUGGCUAUGAAGUCUUAUCUAAUAGCUAUACACGCCAAAAAUACAACAAAUGGCUCGACAUGACAUCAGUCCGAUUAGCGCACCAAGAGAAAUAUUGUUAGCGGAUUUCGAACUCUCCCUUUGCCUUCCAAGAAUAUGCCCUCUACGAUAACAGCCAGAUGUAUAGGUCAACCUUGCACACAAGAACCCAUCAUCACAACCUUUUUAUGUUUGUUAAACUCUUUGGCUUGACUUUUAAGUCACGAGUAGUAAAGUAAAGCGCCGUGCGUGUGACUGCCCAGUCAGCGUCCAUAUGAGUCUUGGGAACAAUGUUUUGUCAUCUUCCCUCGACUCUGGGAUGUUCUGACAUCGGGUAAUUGCAUGCACCCGUGUAGUUCUGUCUGCACGGGAAUUUACUUUACUAUUUUGAAAUUCCAUCCUUGCCUCUUCUUCAAAGAUAGAACCCAAAAUUUAAAAUGUGCAAGAUUGUCAUCAAACCAACCAUUCCACAUCUUCACAACUUUUUUCGUUUGUUAAACCCUUUGGCUUGACUUUUAAGUCACGAGUAGUAAAGUAAAGCGCCGUGCGUGUGACUGCCCAGUCAGCGUCCAUAUGAGUCUUGGGAACGAUGUUUUGUCAUCUUCCCUCGACUCUGGGAUGUUCUGACAUCGGGUAAUUGCAUGCACCCGUGUAGUUCUGUCUGCACGGGAAUUUACUUUACUAUUUUGAAAUUCACCCCUUGCCUCUUCCUCGAAGAUGGAAAUCAAAAUUCAAAUGUGCAAGAUUAUCAUCAAACCAUUAACCACGACCGGCUGUAAAAGGAUUCUGAUCGAGCGACUUAAUCUUAUUACCUCGGUCAAAUAAACAUGACGACAAGAACACGUCAAAGGUAAAAAACUUUGGCUUGACUUUUAAGUUACGAGUAAUGAAGUAAAUCGUCGUGUGUGUGACUGUCCGGUCAGCAUCCAAGUGAAUCUCGGGAAUUAUGAUUUUUAUCAUCAUCUCGCGACUAUGUGAUGUUCUGACUUCCGGUAAUCACAUGCAACCGUGUAGUUCUGUCUACCCGGGAAUUUACUUUACUACUUUGAAAUUCCACCCUUGCCUCUUCUUCGAAGACGGAAAUCAAAAUUCAAAUGUACAAGAUUGCCAUCAAACCACCCUUAACUACGACCGGCUAUAAAAGGAUUCUGAUCGAGCGACUUUAUCAUAUUACCUCGGUCAAACAAACAUGACGACAAGAACACGUCAAAGGUAAAACUCUUUGGCUUGACUUUUAAGACACGAGUAAUAAAGUAAAUCGUCGUGCGUGUGACUGCCCGGUCAGCAUCCAAGUGGGUCCUGGGAAUUAUGAUUUAUCAUCUUCUCGCGACUCUGGAAUGUUCUGACAACCAGAAGUCACACGUACCCGUGUGUAGUUUUAUCUACCUAGGAAUUUGCUUUAUUGCUUUGAAAUACCACCGUUUCCUCUUCCUUGAGGAUGGAAAACAAAAUGCAAAAUGUGCUAGAUAUUCGUCAAACCACCCUCGGCGACCUACAAGCAAUUCCUGUGUGAGCGGCUUCAUCGGAUCUCGGUCGGUCCUUGCCUAUAAACUGUAGUUCUGAUCGGAGCCAUGGAACUCCACUCCCAAGAUCGCCAGCCUACAAACGAUGUCUAGCAAGAAAUGCAGAACGGGCAUGCGAGGGCAGUUGCUUCAAUUCAAAAGCCAAUGGUUCUCUUUUUUCCAUCGCCUGAUUCACUGCAGUGGUUCUUGUAGUACACACGUAUUUCUGUCCUAUCGUAUUUCAAUGUCCCUUUCCAUUUUUCUCCUGUAAAUCCAAGAUCAAUUACUAUUCGUUCCAUUCUUUGAAUCAAGGACAAGGAGU